AUGGAAACCGAGGUCCAAGGGUCCAAAAACGGUCAAAGGGUUUUGGAAGAACGAAAAUCGACCAUAGAGGGCUUGGCACGGGCGUGGGUUGAGUCGCUGGCGCUGGUUGGGUGUACACGGGUGCUGCCUGGGCUCGCCUGGCACGUCUGGAUGCUGCUGGACCUGCUCGGGCGCUGGGGCGUGGGGCUGCGGCUGCUGAACCACAGUUGUGACACGUCUGGGCUGCGGGCGACGGCCGUGGCACGCGGUGUGCCUCGGGGUGUCGUGAGAGUGACGUUGGGGCCUCGGCUACGGCUUGCACGAAUGCUGUGGGUCUCAGCACAUCACUGCAGGCCUUCACACGCACGCGCGCCACUGCUGCGCGUCACGUGCGACAUCCACUGCCCGCGUGCUGGACCCCCACCAGCAGCGGCGGUUGCGGCCCUGGUCUCCCAGCGGCUGCACGGUUUCGACCGUGGUUUUUUCAGAGUUUGGCUCAGUUUCCUUAACCAAGCUGCCAAGGAUAGCUCAAUCGCUCCGUCAGCUUGUAUUGGAGUCAUAAAACUUUUUAACCAAUCAAAUGUGUCAUCUGACGGAGUGGCCGGAGCAAGUCGAAAUACUAAAGUUCAUAAUGGUUGUUCUGGAGAAUGUGAUAAUACCACAGUAAAUCACACUAAUGAGAGUAGCAUUCCACAAACCCUUGAAGCUCCCAACGAAAAUCUGAAUUUGAAUGCAGCUGAAGGCUCAACUGGUAACCUUCAGGAGACAUCAGUCAAAGCAUAUUGUGCAUGCUGUGACUUGUGGAUUCUUUUGUUGUGCAUGUUGGUAGCUGUUGGUAACUAA